AUGGCACCAAUGCUGGAGGAGAACAGUCCGUCCACCGUCAAUAUCAAUAUCACAUCCAAGUCAAUUGACACACCCACUCUGUACAGCAAUGUGGAUGAAGAACAACUAAAAGUGGCCGCCGAGGCAUGCCUGGCCAACUAUGGCACCGAAUUCGAAAAGGACAUCAUGACUGGGAGCAAAGGCCUCUAUGUGUUCACCGCCAACGGCCACAAAGUGCUCGACUGGACUUCCGGCCAAAUGUCCUGUCUGAUAGGACACGGCCACCCGGAGAUCGUUUCUACCAUCCAGGACCAUGCCGCGCAGCUGGACCAUCUCUUCUCAGGCAUGCUGUCCCCGCCGGUCAUCCGCCUUGCCCAGCGCCUGACGUCUGUCCUACCCCCGGGACUUGACAAGGCUUUCUUCCUAUCAACAGGCGGCGAGUCGAACGAGGCUGCCAUCAAACUGGCCAAAGUCUACACUGGCAAGUUCGAGAUCGUGGGCCUAGGCGCAAGCUGGCACGGUGUGACGGCACAGGCUCUCGGGACGCAAUACCACUUUGGCCGUAAAGGCCAAGGACCAUUGAUGCCAGGAAUGCACAUGCUUCCACCGCCGAAUUCCUAUCGCUCCAUCUUCCGCAAGCCAGACGGUUCUUACGAUUGGGAGACCGAGCUGGACUACGGCUGGGACAUGAUUGAUAGAGCCUCGUGCGGGUCUCUGGCCGCAUGCAUUGUGGAAUGUAUUCAAUCGUCAGCAGGCAUGCACGUCCUUCCGCCAGGGUACCUUCGGGCAUUGAAGAAGCAUUGUGAAAAGCGCGGCAUGCUGCUGAUCGUGGACGAAGCCCAAACUGGUGUGGGCCGAUGCGGCGACUUGUUCGCCAUUAAUCACGAGGGCGACAGCGUGGUGCCAGACAUCCUGACUUUGAGCAAGACACUAGGCAACGGACUGCCUCUGAGCGCUGUGGUGAUGAGUUCUGAGAUCGAGCGUAUCUGCGCCGAACGCGACUAUUGCUUUUACACCACCCACGUCAACGAUCCUCUGCCGGCUUCUGUGGGCGACAAAGUCCUCGAGAUUGUGUUGAGGGACAACCUGGUGGAGAACUCUCGUACGAUGGGUUUGUAUCUACAAGCUGGGCUUCAAAGGCUGAAGAGCAGGUACGGGUGCAUCGGCGACGUUCGAGGUCGCGGCUUGAUGGCAGGGGUUGAAAUCGUGCGUGAUCGAGAAACCAAGGCUGCGGAUAUCGACCUGGCCCGGAGAAUGGCGGCGAAGAUGUAUGAGCUGGGCUUAUGGGCGAACCUGAGCAGUCACUCCAGUUUUUCCGGGGUCUUCAGAAUUGCUCCGCCUAUUGUGAUCACCAGAGAGCAGCUCGACCAGGGCCUGGACAUCAUGGAGCGCGCCUUCAGUGAGACGGCGGGGACGAUGCCGCUGUAUUGA